GUCUGACUUCGGAUCAGAAGGUCGUGGGUUCGACUCCCACUGUGGUCGUUGCUUUUUUUUCUUUUUUUUUUUAAUCUCUGUUUUAGUCCUAUGUCCCAAACGUUAGGGUUUGGGAUGAUCACCCCGGAUUUCACUUCCUCGGAAUCGGAUUUGGGUUCCCCCUUCUUACUCUUAGCAAAUUAGGGUUUUAGAGCUCUGUAACUUUGCAAGCUUUCUCAUCAUUUUCUGCUAACUUUGUAAUCAAAGUCUUUUUUAUUUGGGGGGGGGGGGUAAAAUUAAAGAAAUUUUGCUUCUCUAAUCCAUCAAGGGUUUUAUUUGCUUCGAAAAUUCAUAGCGAAAUGCUCGAGUCCAGAAAUAAGUUCUUUCGCUGAGAAAAAUGGCUUCAACAGGGCAGCCACCGUCACUUAAAAGAAGAGAUGCGCCAUUAACAAGAGAAGGAGAUCAGCUUACUAUAACACCUUUAGGCGCUGGCAGUGAAGUUGGUCGUUCUUGUGUUUACAUGUCUUAUAAAGGCAAAACUGUACUGUUUGAUUGUGGAAUUCAUCCGGCUUACUCGGGUAUGGCUGCUUUGCCGUAUUUCGAUGAGAUUGAUCCUUCAACAAUUGAUGUCCUUCUUAUCACCCACUUUCACUUAGAUCAUGCUGCGUCCCUACCAUAUUUUCUAGAGAAGACCACGUUCAGAGGUCGAGUUUUUAUGACUCAUGCAACAAAAGCUAUCUAUAAGCUCCUUCUGACUGAUUAUGUCAAAGUGAGCAAAUUUUCAGUUGAAGACAUGUUAUUUGAUGAACAAGACAUUAACCGCUCCAUGGAUAAAAUUGAGGUUAUUGAUUUCCACCAAACGGUGGAAGUAAAUGGCUUUAAAUUUUGGUGCUAUACUGCUGGUCAUGUCCUUGGUGCUGCCAUGUUUAUGGUUGACAUUGCUGGUGUUCGAGUCCUCUACACUGGAGACUACUCUCGUGAAGAAGAUCGUCAUCUCUGUGCUGCUGAGCUCCCACAGUUCUCCCCUGAUAUAUGUGUUAUUGAAUCCACUUAUGGUGUCCAGCUCCAUCAAUCACGACACAUUCGGGAGAAGCGAUUCACUGAUGCUAUCCAUUCUACUGUUUCUCAAGGGGGUCGUGUACUAAUCCCAGCAUAUGCUCUUGGUCGUGCCCAAGAACUUCUAUUGAUCCUUGAUGAGUAUUGGUCUAUCCACCCUGAGCUUCAUAACAUUCCUAUAUAUUAUGCUUCUCCGCUGGCAAAAAAGUGCAUGGCUGUUUAUCAAACAUACAUACUUUCCAUGAAUGAGAGAAUUCGCAACCAGUUUGCAAACUCAAACCCCUUCAAGUUCAAGCACAUUUCACCUUUAAAUAGCAUUGAGGAAUUUAGUGAUAUAGGCCCAUCUGUUGUAAUGGCAAGUCCUGGUGGACUUCAGAGUGGGCUGUCACGCCAACUCUUUGACAUGUGGUGUUCGGAUAAGAAAAAUUCUUGUGUUAUACCCGGUUAUAUUGUCGAAGGGACACUGGCAAAAACAAUUAUUAAUGAACCAAAGGAAGUCACACUCUUGAAUGGUCUCACUGCUCCUCUCAACAUGCAGGUUCAUUACAUUUCAUUCUCUGCCCAUGCAGACUAUGCACAGACGAGUACAUUUUUGAAAGAGCUCAUGCCUCCCAACAUAAUUCUUGUUCAUGGAGAAGCAAAUGAGAUGGGAAGACUCAAGCAGAAGCUUAUCACCGAGUUUACUGAUGGCAACACCAAAAUCAUUACCCCUAAGAAUUGUCAGUCUGUUGAGAUGUAUUUUAACUCCGAGAAAAUGGCUAAGACCAUUGGAAGAUUGGCUGAAAAGACCCCAGAUGUAGGUGAAACUGUCAGUGGUGUUCUGGUAAAGAAAGGUUUCACAUACCAGAUAAUGGCUUCCGAUGAUCUCCAUAUCUUCUCCCAGCUAUCAACAGCAAAUAUCACUCAGAGGAUUACUAUCCCAUUCGCUGGUGCCUUUGGUGUGAUAAAGCAUCGACUUGAGCAGAUAUAUGAGAGUGUGGAAUCUUCGACUGAUGAAGAAUCUGGGGUUCCAACAUUGCGAGUGCAUGAUAGAGUUAUUGUGAAGCAGGAUUCAGAUAAGCAUGUCUCACUGCAUUGGACAUCAGAUCCCAUAAGUGACAUGGUGUCAGAUUCCAUUGUGGCGUUGGUUCUGAACAUUAGUCGGGAGAUCCCUAAGGUUGUAGUUGAAUCUGAGGCUGUAAAAUCACAAGAAGAAAAUGGGAAGAAGGUGGAAAAAGUUAUUCAUGCCCUCCUAGUUUCACUCUUUGGGAAUGUCAAAUUAGGAGAAAAUGGAAAGCUUAUGAUAAGUGUUGAUGGUAAUGUGGCUUAUCUUGAUAAACAGAGUGGCGAAGUUGAGAGUGAAAAUGAAGGUCUGAAGGAGAGGGUAAAGACAGCUUUUCGACGAAUUAAAAGUGCAGUAAAGCCAAUCCCUCUCUCUGCAUCUUAGUUUUAGACUUUUAGUUUUUUCCAUUAUCUCUUGGUUUAUUGAUUCCUCUGUUAGCUUGCUUGACUUUGAGGAUAAAUUUUGGAUUUGCAAAUACCGCGAGGCAUAUUUAAGUUGUUUCCCAUGCCUAUUUCCAAGCACUAGUUCCUAGUUUGUAUAGAUUAGCACUGAAGCAGGACAUAACGUUGUAGCUGUUCCAUUUAUAAGCUCUGUUGUUAUUCUUCUUCUUCAAGAUUUCAUCAUCACUUUUUAUUCUAAUAAUUUGAUCUGUUAAGGUUCAUGGUUUUCUGUUCUUUAUGUGAAAAAAGGGUACAUCAAUUAUGCUGGUCGUUAAUCAAAAACCAAGUAUCCAUUGUUGCGAUUUAUAUGAUGAUUGUAGUAUAUUAUCAUAUCCUAUGAGUUCAUUUAUCCAGUAGUUUGUCUUUUGAGCACAUACUGAUUGAAACUUGAAACGCCAGGAGCUGUUUUUGUUUUCAGCUUCAAUCUGCAUCAUGGUGGUAGCAUUGAUCUUCAUAAUCUUUUGUUGUUAAAAUUUUGGUUGCUUGAUCAUGAACUAGAUUUUACUUGCAUGAUCUUUUUAAGCUAAUCUCCAACAUGAUAUGACCAUUAUUUCUUGAUAAUUGUUUAUUUGUAUUGUUGUUGAUAAUCCAUUUUUCUAUUCAAGCAUGCUUUCUUUGGUUAGAACACUGAUAUUUUGCAAACCAAUUCCCUUGAAUAUGGACAGUUGCCUUCAUGCAUUAUUGUAGGAUAAUGUUUAUUAUUUGUAUUAUAAGCAUUGCUUUUAGUAGCUUCAUUCAUCAUUUUCCCUCUUUGCA